AUUUAAUUUAUAUAAACCCUAAGCAGAGAGUUCAUUCCCUUCCCUGUCUCUCCAAAGCUUUUCAAUGGAAGAGAAAGGAGGGAAUCAGAAGAAGGAAGAGAAAAGCCAAGAUGAAGUGAAGCAGACGAAGAGAAAACGCAAAUACGUGUUCCCUUACGGCAAUUACAAGAGCUAUUACGGCUAUCGUAUUGGUCGAGACUUGGAGGAAGAUCCUAGGUUAAAGGUUUUGAAAAAGGAAUGGUUUGAAGGCAAGGAUUGUCUUGACAUAGGCUGCAAUAGUGGGAUUUUAACUAUCCAGAUUGCGAAAAAGUUUCUUUGCCAGAGCAUUCUUGGAAUCGACAUUGAUUCUGAUCGAAUUGAAGACGCAUAUUGGCACCUCAGGAAAUUUGCAAAAAUGGAGAAUACUGGGAAGAUGAAUGGAAAGGCAUCUAAAUUAAAGAUUUCAGAAGAUUCAAAUGGUCAAGGGAAUGAUAUUGCAAUGCCAUCAGAUGGAGAGACCAAAAAGGAUCUCUUUGAAAUAGUCUCUUUCCGGCAAGAGAAUUUUGUUCGGAGUUCACGCACACCAGAAGAGAGCUAUGAUACGAUACUUUGUUUAAGUGUAACGAAAUGGAUUCAUCUGAACUGGGGUGAUGAUGGGUUAAUUACGCUGUUUUCAAGAAUUUGGAGAUUGCUUAAACCGGGUGGCAUUCUUGUGUUGGAACCUCAACCAUGGAAGUCGUAUGAAAACAAUCGUCUUGUAUCAGAGACAGCUACACUCAACUAUAAAAAUAUAAAGUUCCGUCCAAAUACUUUUCAAGAUUUACUUCUGGAUAAGAUUGGAUUUAGAACAGUGGAGGACUUGACUCCUGGCUUGUCAGGCAGCAAAACUGGAUUCAACAGACCAAUGUUGGUGUUCCAAAAAUGACUGUCCUAAUUACACAGCUUCUCUAGCAUGACUUACCUACCUUACUAAUUAAUUAUACCAAAGAGUGCGGUUCCAAAAAUUUUGGAUGGUGCUUGCUCAUGUAACUUAAUCGAGGAAGUGGAAACUUGCAUCGGUCUGCGACGCGAGACUUUUGAUAGCAAUUACCAGACUGGAACCUAUGCUAUACGUAUGACUCGGCAUUUUGUGCUACAGGCUUUGAGUUGGGGUUAAUUAAUGCAAAGUCAAUACACCUGAAGAAAGUGAAUGUGCUCCACCCCAGUUCUCCAUAUGCUCCUGCUACAGUACAUAUCUUUGCUAAUUUUUGAAAGCAUAUAUAUAUAUAUAUAUAUAUAUAUUGCCUUUUGUAUCUGCAUUUGAUUUAGUAUUCCUGAUUAGAGUGUUUAUUUUGUUUUAAGUUGUGAAUCAGACUUAUUUUUCCUAAUGAGAUGGUGCUGCUGGCUUUUGGGUUGGAUCAAUAUGAUUUGGAUCUCAAGAACCAACUGUUUCUUCCUCGAUGUAAUGAUUUGUGCGCAAAACCCAAGGAUAUUGGAGGUUGGAUGCAACGCUACAUGUUAUAUGCAAACAUUAUAAGAAAUCAAAAACUAGUAUAAAGUUGGUCAUUAUUAGACCAUGUGUUUCUUUCGAGUUGUAAAUAAUAUAUAUAUAUAUAUAUAUAUAUUUUCUUAUUUAUCGGA